AUGGCUCUUUCAUUUCGAGUUUGUUCGCCUCCGUUGAUCUGCAGAGCAACUCUCGCUAGCGGCGACAACGGUCGUAACCGCCACGCAAACGAUGCCGCCUUCAUCCGACGCGCCGCCGAUUUGGCCGACACGUCCGCCGGAUUCACCUCACCUCACCCUAAUUUCGGCUGCGUAAUCGCCACUUCCUCCGGAAAAGUCGCCGGAGAAGGAUACCUAUACGCCGAGGGAACUAAACCGGCGGAAGCUCUCGCCGUAGAAGCCGCCGGCGAGUCUUCCAUAGGCUCCACGGCUUAUUUAAACAUGGAGCCCGGUGAUUGCCACGGCGACCACACCGCCGUCUCUGCUCUUGUUCAGGCAGGAAUUGGACGAGCUGUUGUUGGAAUUAGGCAUCCUCUGCAACAUCUAAGAGGCUCUGCGAUUCGUGAGUUGAGAGGUCAAGGGAUUGAAGUGGAUGUUCUUGGAGAGGACUUUCAAAGUAAAGUUCUUGAGGAUGCUCGGAAGUCUUGCCUGCUUGUGAAUGCUCCGCUGAUUCACAGAGCGUGUUCUCGAGUACCGUUCUCUGUUCUCAAGUAUGCGAUGACUCUUGAUGGUAAGAUUGCAGCGAGUAGUGGACAUGCGGCGUGGAUAAGUAGUAAACUCUCUAGAACCAGAGUGUUUGAGUUACGAGGGAGAAGUGAUGCUGUGAUUGUUGGUGGAAACACUGUACGCCAAGAUGAUCCUAGAUUGACUGCGAGACAUGGACAAGGUCACACGCCUACUCGGAUUGUGAUGAGUCAGAGUCUUGACCUUCCUGAGAAAGCUAAUCUAUGGGAUGUCUCGGAAGUAUCCACCAUCGUUGCUACACAAAGAGGUGCAAGAAGGAGUUUCCAGAAGUAUCUUGCGUCCAAGGGUGUUGAAGUUGUGGAGUUUGACAUGUUGAAUCCGAGAGAAGUCAUGGAGUAUUUCCAUCGCCGUGGACAUCUCUCAAUCUUAUGGGAAUGUGGUGGUACAUUAGCUGCAUCUGCUAUAUCCUCCGGUGUCAUCCACAAGGUUGUUGCUUUCGUUGCCCCGAAGAUCAUCGGUGGAAGUAAAGCUCCUUCCCCUGUUGGUGAGCUUGGGAUGGUAGAGAUGUCACAAGCAUUGAAUCUAAUCGAUGUUUGCUACGAGCAAGUUGGUCCAGACAUGCUUGUCAGCGGAUUUCUUCAGCCAGUACCAGACCUUUUACCUGUAAUCCCAUCAGAGGAAGCAACUUUCGAGAUUGACCCUAGUGUUAACCCCUUUGAGUCUAGUAUCAUAUUCUUCUACAAGACAUGGGAUCUUUAUGGAAGCUUCUCUAAUUUUUCGCCGCAUGCAAUUCGAAUGCCUUGUGGUGAGGAGAAUGAUGAGUACGUGACAUGGCCAAGUGUCGAGCAUUACUAUCAGGCAAACAAGUUUGUUGGGGUUGACAAUCCGAUGGCACAUGACUGCGUUGAGAAAAUAAGAACGGCCAAGAGUCCGGAGGAGGCUGCUCUGAUAGGCAGAGCAAAGCAGAGACAACAACCUGAACUGGUUCGGAGUGACUGGGAAGAAGCGAAGAUAGAAGUAAUGUACAGGGCUCUGAAAUGCAAGUUCUCGACAUAUCCUCAUUUGAAAGCAAUGUUGCUCUCGACUGCUGGAUCGGUUCUUGUGGAGGCUUCGCCGCAUGAUCUUUUCUGGGGAGGUGGUCGAGAAGGAGAAGGGCUCAAUUAUCUUGGUCGAUCACUUAUGCAGCUUCGUUCUGAGUAUUUAGCUGAAUCCUCUGUUUCAGCUGAAAAUGCUUCUUUGGCUUGA